UCUUGAGCAGCACAGAUGCCUUCGAAGGAAAGCACCUGCUGACAUCGAUUCAAGUUUCACCCUGCUUCGUACUCCUACUACAGAAAGCACCAUCGUCACGCACUCACGCUCCAGGGAAGACUACCUCCCGUCCGUUCCACCUCCUCCGCCUCCCUCUGAAGCCAAUCGGCAGCACCGCCGCCACCGCCACGCAACCGCGUUGACCGCUCCCCCGAGUCGCCCCUGCGCCGCGGCAGCCCACCGGAGCAUUGAGCAAGCACGCCCCACAGACGCCCUACCCCGCCGCCAGGGUCUCCGACCGACCCGCGAUGUCGCGCGGCGGCGGGUGCUCCCCGCCGAUGGAUCUGCUGCGGUCGGAGGCGAUGCAGCUGGUGCAGGUCAUCAUCCCCGCCGAGUCGGCGCGCCUCGCCGUCUCCAACCUCGGCGACCUCGGCCUCCUCCAGUUCAAAGACCUUAAUGCGGACAAGAGCCCAUUCCAACGGGCAUAUGCUGCCCAGAUCAAGAGGUGUGGUGAAAUGGCUCGCAGGUUGCGUUUUUUCAAGGAACAAAUGUCGAAAGCUGCAAUAUUGACUUCUCCGACGCAAUUUUCAGGAGCUUCUUUGGAAAUUGGUGAUCUGGAGAUAAAACUUGGGGAAUUUGAAGCUGAGCUAACUGAAGUAAAUACAAAUAAUAGAAAAUUGCAGAGGACAUACAAUGAGCUGGUGGAGUACAAUGUUCUUCUAGAAAAGACUGGUGAGUUUUUCUACUCAGCUCAGAGAAGCGCGGCAGAGCAACAGAGGGAAAUGGUGGCUGAUCAGUCUGGUGAUUCUUCUCUGGAGAGUCCUUUAUUGCACCAGGAAAUGGUGAUAGAUCCAUCGAAACAAGUGAAGCUAGGUUCCCUGAUUGGUCUUGUGCCAAAGCAAAAGGCUAUGGCCUUUGAGCGUAUACUUUACCGUGCCACCAGGGGCAAUAUGUUACUCCGACAAGAAUCUGUUGAUGAAUCUAUAAUUGAUCCACAAUCUGGAGAGAAGGCCGUGAAAAAUUCUUUCGUUAUAUUCUACUCUGGGGAGAGAGCAAAAUCCAAGAUUCUAAAAAUUUGUGAUGCUUUUGGUGCCAACCGUUAUCCGUUUCCAGAAGACCUUGCCACACAAUUACAAACUAUUCAGAAGGUAUCUGGAAAAGUGUCAGAGUUGAAGGCAACUGUUGAAAUAGGUUUAGCUCAUCGUGACGGCAUACUUAAAAAUAUAGCUUGUGAGUAUGAAGAAUGGAAAAACCUGUUAAAGAAGGAAAAAGCUAUUUACCACACGCUAAACAUGUUCAGUCUUGAUGUAACAAAGAAAUGUUUAGUUGCUGAGGGGUGGAGUCCCGUUUUUGCUACAAGUCAGGUACAAGAUGCACUUCAUCGUGCUACUACUGGUAGCAACUCCGAAGUUGGUUGCAUUUUCCAAAUUCUGAACACACAAGAAUCUCCUCCAACGUAUUUCCAGACAAACAAAUUUACGUCCUCCUUCCAGGACAUUGUGGAUGCCUAUGGUAUUGCGAGCUAUCAAGAACUAAAUCCUGGUUUAUUUACCAUCGUAACAUUCCCCUUCUUAUUUGCCGUCAUGUUUGGUGAUUGGGGUCAUGGAAUUUGUAUAUUUCUUACUGCACUGUACCUCAUAAUCCGAGAGAAGAAGCUAGCUUCACAGAAACUAGAUGACAUAGUGGAAAUAAUGUUUGGUGGGCGCUAUGUAAUUUUGAUUAUGUCCCUUUUUUCAAUUUACACUGGAUUGAUAUAUAAUGAGUUCUUCUCGGUUCCAUUUGAGCUCUUCGGUAAAUCUGCCUAUGCCUGCCAUGAUCCUUCGUGUGGGGAUGCUACAACUGAAGGAUUAGUUAUGGUGGGGCAAACAUACCCAUUUGGUGUCGAUCCAGUGUGGCAUGGAAGCCGCAGUGAGCUGCCAUUUCUCAAUUCCCUAAAGAUGAAAAUGUCAAUUCUUCUUGGAAUUGCACAAAUGAACCUUGGAAUUGUGUUGAGUUUCUUUAAUGCGAAGUAUUUCAAAAAUACUGUUAAUGUUUGGUAUCAGUUUGUUCCCCAGCUGAUCUUCUUAAACAGCUUAUUUGGUUACCUGUCACUCCUCAUCAUUAUUAAGUGGUGCACUGGCUCAAAAGCUGACCUAUACCAUAUAAUGAUAUAUAUGUUUCUGAGUCCAACGGAUGAUAUUGGGGAGAACCAGCUAUUUCCUGGGCAGAGAAUUGUGCAGCUUGUUCUACUUCUGCUUGCUCUGGUGUCUGUGCCUUGGAUGCUGUUUCCGAAGCCAUUGUUUUUGAAGAAGCAACAUGAGCAGAGACACCAAGGCCAGCAUUACACCAUGCUCCAGGAGACAGAUGAAUCAGUGGCUCAAUUGGGAGGACAACAUGAAAACCCACACAACCACGAGGAGUUUGAAUUCAGUGAAGUUUUGGUCCACCAGCUGAUCCACACAAUUGAGUUUGUGCUCGGUGCGGUCUCAAAUACCGCCUCAUAUCUUCGUCUUUGGGCUCUCAGUCUCGCGCACUCAGAACUGUCCAGUGUCUUCUAUGAUAAGGUUCUUCUUCUAGCAUGGGGAUACAACAAUGUUAUCAUCCUUGUCGUCGGAGUAAUGGUCUUCCUCUUUGCCACUAUUUUUGUUCUGCUUUCGAUGGAGACCCUGAGUGCAUUUCUGCACGCCUUGAGGCUCCACUGGGUCGAGUUCCAGGGUAAGUUUUAUGAGGGUGGUGGGUAUAAGUUUGCACCAUUCGUGUUCGCGUCGAUCCUCGAGGAGGAAGAUUGAGCCCCAAGCGGUGUAUGUAAUUUACAUAAUGUAAGACCUCAAGAGGCUGUUGGAGGAAGAUUCAGAAAACUCAUGUUGCUUGAGCUGGAGCCAUACCUGGUUAUUUGUAAAUUAUGAUGUGCUAUAACGGUGCGGCUGGUACAGCUGCAACUAAAGCCGAGUGCAUUGCAUCUCCACAUUUUUGGGAGUUGUGACAUUCAUCAGUUUAUGCUCAUGCCUGCGGUCUACCACAUAACCGAUGUGUAUUUUAUACUAUGAUUUUGUAAAUAAAUAAGACCCGUUGUUUUGAGCA